AUGUCGUCUCGCAAGCAGUUUGCAUGUGACUUAGCUAUCAGACUUGUCCAGGAGCAAUAUGGCGACGCAGUUGGGGGUGUUUUUAAAUACCUCGCCGCUAAGGGACAGCUACCCCUCGGCGAAAUCAUUCGUGGCACUGGCCUGUCGGCCUCGUUGGUAAAGCAGGCACUGCUGAUCCUCAUUCAGCAGAACUGCGUCAGCGUCUACCUGCAGCCAGGCGAGGAGUCCUUCCGUGGCGCGCGCCCCAGCUUCCAUGUCUACGAAUGUGAUCUGGGUCGCGUGCUUCAAAUCAUCAGGCACUCUCGCUUCCUGCUUCACAUCCGGGAUGAAGCGGGCGAGGUGGCCGAGCACAUUGUGGCGCAGCUACUUCAGGAUGGGCGACUCAGGAUGGACCAGGUGUUGGGCGGUGUGGCUGCCAGGAUGGGUAAGGCCCAGGAGGAGGUGGCGGACACGAUCCGAAACACCUUCAUAUCGCUGGUGCAGGCCCACUACGUGGAGCGCGCCCCGCUGUGCAACGCCCCCCCGCCCACCAUCAGGCCCCACCCCAACAGCGUCAAAGCCAGGAAGAAACCGGCAGGGGGCGGCGAGGCAUUCGCUGCUGAGCAGGGAGCCGCCAGUCGUACACUUGAGGAGUUGGCCAUCGAGAAGGCGAGGUUCAAGGUGCCCGCUGACCUGGCGCUGCAGAUGUUCGGAACGACGACGGCAGGAGGGGGAAAUGCGGCGGCGGCGGCAGCGCUUGGCGGCGGCGCCGAAGCCGCCGCGGACGGCGGUGGCGGCGGCGAUGGAGCCACCGGUGGUGGUGGCGGUGUGAAGCGGCGAGCCGAGGAUGAGUUGGAGCUGUUGGCAGUCCCGAAGUCGGCUCCACCGGCGAAGAAGGCCCGGAUACGAGCUGGCACUGCCCGAGCGGACGUCGUCACCUCCACCCCCGGGGCAGGGCCAGGGGCAGGGCCAGGGGCAGGGCGGUCCAGUGGCGGCGGGGCAGCGGGAGGAGGGGCGGGUCCCUCCUCGCCUGUGGCUGCUGCUGAGCCUCCCGUGGUGUUGUGGCGGGUGAACAAUGACGAGUUUAACCGGGUGUUCAGGCAUCAGGCGAUGGUGGGUCUCAUUCGGGAGAAGUUCGACGAGGACGCGGCGGCGGUGGUGACCGCCAUGUUGGCCACCGCGCGGCCGCAUGAGGCCUCCGUCAAGGAGGAGCGCAGUGUGCCGCUGAGUGAGGGUGAGAUUGAGACCACCGUGGGGAGACUCACGACGGCAGGUGUACUGGAGGCUCUGCCGCAGCAGCCGGUGUCUGCCGUACUCCGUACAUUGGCUAGCGACCCGUUUGAGAUGUUUUCCCUCGCGGCCACCGGGAUGCAGGGCUCCCCCAUGUACGUCAUCAAUUCGCAACGCGUCAUCGACCUCAUCAUGCUGAAGCAGAUCGAGGCCGUAGUCAAGUCCCGGUACGACAUAGCGGGUUUACGAGUCUUCCGGCUGCUGGCUCUGCGGGGCCAGUUGGAGCAGAAGCAGAUUGCUGAUCUGGCCAUGUUGCCUCAAAAGGACACGCGGGAGCUGCUGUACCGCAUGUUGGCGGGGGGCUUCGUGCUGCUGCAGGACAUCCCCAAGUCCGCGGACCGCGCCCCCAGUCGCAGCUUCUACACCUGGCGGGUGUCCGUUACUGCCAUCUGCGAGGCCACCGCGGGGCAGCUGUUCAGAGCCACGGGGCGGGUGCAUCAGCGACUGAAGUUCGAGAUGGAGAAGGAGAAGGAGCUUCUGGGUCUGUUGGAGUCUGCCAAGGAGGCCAAGACCGUCAACUUCACCCUGACAACGGCCCAGCGCCAGGCGGUGAACCGCCUGAAGCGCAUGUCGGAGGUCAUGGAGACCAGCCUGCAACACCUGGAUGAGAUGAUUGCGGUGUUCAAUGACUUUUGA